UUCCAAUAUAUUUAUCUAUAUAUUGUGCACUGUGCAGUCUACAGCAAACCAACAAUACCUAAGAUUGUACAGUUUAUAGCGUAACAAAAUGCUGGUGUCUGGUAUCAAGCAUUGUGCGCGCUUUGCAGCCCAUUUGCCCCAGAAUGUAGUGAUGGGGCGUAGUAUGUCAACAACAUUACAGUAUACUUCAACACGAACACGAACUCUAUACAAAACACCUGCGGCUAAAGCCAAUUAUUUGAAGUUAUAUACUCGUGAUGCUCCACUCUGGAGUGGGCGUGCUUUAAUAUCUACCACUCGUACUCAGAUGAUGUCGAACCAGGAUGACAAGGAUGUGGCGCAGACAGCAGCGGAUAAAAGAAAUAUGGGAGAUGCUCGAACACUCAUUCAGAAGUCUUUGGCCUACUCUGAUCGAGGUGAUUACGUGAAAGCCCUUAACGAGCUAGACGCUGCGCUGGAGAACGUAGUGCAUUUGAGUCCCGAACUGCCCCUGAUUUCCGAAAUCAGGAAAAUGAUGGGCCUGCUCCUGUGGGAUCUGGACGAGUUCGAACUGUGCCGUGAACAGUUGGAGAUGUACUUUAAUGUGUCAGACAAACCGGGCCCCAUCGAUUGGGAUAAGGUCAAACUGGCAGAAACCCCUCAGCACGAGUUGACCGCUAUCGCCCAAUGCUACGCGGAAUUAGCGCUGAAGGUCAUCCGGGAGGUCUACCCAGAUGAGGAUUACAACUUGCAAGCGGCCUCGGUUCUUCAGGCACUUGCGAGUACAUAUGAGCACUUCAACCAGAACGCUAUUUACACUGAGGGUUUCUACAAGAAUGCCCUGAGUAUCUUCGAGCACCCCGACAGCGUGGAAGAUCUGUUCGAUAAUGAGGACCAUUCAAUGCAGUACCUGAGCUGCCUGAAGGACUUUGCUGGCUUCAUGCGCUCCAGAGGUCGUAUUGGAGACGCCGAGGAAGCUGAACGCAAGCACAAGAAACACAACGAGAUGUACCGGGAGCAUGUGCGAUCGCGCAAUCUCCGCGAACAAGCCGAGAAACUGCAGCAGCAGCAAGAUAUUGAGGCAGCCAAGAAGCACGCGGAUAAGAUCCGUGCCAUGCACGACGCCAAGGAUGAGAUACUCGCGGACAAACAGACACAGGGCAAGUGAGGUGGCCACGUGUGGAGACACGGGACAGGUCCGUGGGGUGUGCAUUGUGAGAGGGGGGGGUAGAUCAAUACGUCGAGUAGUAUAUACAUAUAUAUAUAUAUGUGUAUAUAUAUAUAUAUAUAUAUCCCCCGGAUGGAUGGCGAUCGGAGAUGCCAGUACAUCCCUGAGGUUAGAACGCGGCCAUGUACGUUGUUUCAUAUGGUAGCGAUGGGUCUAUUUGAGCAUCAAUCAAUUUCAGUGGGAGUUUAUGUUCAAAUGGCUAGGGUUUUAGUUCUCAAGGGUAAAGUGCUGUUGGAUUAGCAGGCAGGCAUUGGGCUUUCAGGAGGUAUAUAUUUAUACGUUGCACUGAGUUUUCUCGUGAGUAUAUACCAGAAGUUCUAUAUGUUCCUCUCAGUCCGGGCCUUGUAUCGGAUCCUUGUACUGCGAUACCCCAGGACUCGUACUUAUAGUAAAAGUACUAUAACAGUACUACCAGUCACUUGCGUGAUGAACAGAGGGGUGAGUGAUGUGUAAUCAUCCUCGGUGCGGUCAUCGCGACACCUUCAGCUGGUAGUAUGUUACUAGCCUCGGCAGGUAGUUAGCUUCGGAAUCAUACCAUUGCUCGGUGAGCCUAUACAAUCUGUCGGUCGAAUUGGGCGGUGAACUUUUUAACUCCCACGACCAUCGGACCGAAUGAGUGUGUAGUAUCCGCUUAGCAUUGGAUGGGGACAGUUGUAAAAUGGGACGGGAGAUGGGUGCUAUCUACACGUGCGAUUGACAGCUGUUUUGUCGUUUUUGUGAUUGCGCCAGUAUGCGCAUCUUCAUUUCAAAUAAAAUACAUAUCAUCAUAUCACUAUACAGCAAA